AUGGUGCUCCUUCCCCUGAUGCUCAUCUUGGGCCUGGUGUCUGGCACUUCCUCUCUGGAUAACGGGCUGCUGAGAACGCCGCCGAUGGGCUGGGUGCCAUGGGAACACUUCCGGUGCAACACAGACUGCCAACACGAGCCUGACAAUUGCAUCAGCGAACGCUUGAUCAAGACAAUGGCAGACCUGAUGGCCAAAGAUGGCUGGAAGGAACUUGGCUACGAAUAUGUCAACCUGGACGACUGCUGGGAGGCCAAAGAAAGGGACUCUCUGGGCAGGCUCCAGGCAAACGCGUCAAGGUUUCCCAGCGGUAUUAAAGCUCUGGCGGAUUACGUCCAUUCCAAAGGGCUGAAGUUUGGCAUCUACAGCGACUUGGGCGACCUUACCUGCGAGGGCUUCCCAGGGACCACGCUGGACGCCGUUGAGAAGGACGCCAGGACCUUUGCGGAGUGGGGAGUGGAUAUGCUGAAGCUGGACGGCUGCUUCUCCAACUCCUCGGUCAAGGCAGCCGGCUACCCAAAGAUGAGCGCGGCCUUGAACGAGACCGGGCGGCCGAUCGCUUACUCCUGCAGCUGGCCCGCCUAUGAGGGAGGCCUGCCCCCAAAGGUGAAUUAUUCUUUACUCGGCCAGAUCUGCAACCUGUGGAGGAACUUUGGUGACAUCGAAGACUCCUGGGAAAGCCUCUCUCGCACCAUUGAGUGGUACGGCAACCACCAAGACAUGCUGCAACCUGCAGCUGGUCCCGGGAGGUGGAACGACCCUGACAUGUUGCUCACGGGCAACGUCGGCCUGAGUUUUGAGCAGGCGAAAGCGCAGGCGGCCCUGUGGGCGAUCCUGGCCGCCCCCCUCUUCAUGUCCUGCAACCUACAGACCAUCUCGGCCGAGGCGAAGGACCUCUUGCAGAACCCGCUGCUCAUCUACAUCGACCAAGAUCCGCUGGGAGUCCCGGGCAGGCGGAUUGCCAAGAGCAACCAGUGGGAAGUCUGGAAGAGACCCCUCGCCAGCCACCAGUACGGGGUCGCAGUCCUGAACAACAGCACGGACGGGAUGGCCAAGCCUUUCGUGACCAGCCUGGAGCUGCUGGGCGUUCUGGACUGCAAGGCGGGCUACAAGAUCUACAAUGUGCUGGACCGGACGUUUGUGGGGGUCUACAGGCUCAAUGCCACCAUCGCCUUCCAUGUGGCUCCAACAGGAGUGGUCCUCCUCUUCCUCAGGCCCCUGUGCUAA